AUCUUGGGUGUGCGGCUGGGAUUGGACGGCUCCUCAGCUGCCGGGAACCCGCUCCAGCACAGAGCUUGGUUCACCAUUGGUGGAGCACGUGUCUGGGGCGUUUCACUGGGACAGCCCGGCUGUGUCCGGGUAAGAUGGCGUUGGAAGAGCAGUGCUCGGCACCACCUCGAUGGCGGUCCAUAUCUUUGACACACGUAGAGUUCCCUGAGGGUGAUCUGACCGGACAUGCACUGGCCUACAUCAGCCUCCUGCCCAUUGCAAUUCUUGUGGGUUUUGUCACACUCAUAGUGUUUAAACGGGAGCUGCACACGAUCUCCUUCUUUGGUGGGCUCAUCCUAAAUGAAGGGGUGAACUGGCUGCUAAAGCACAUUCUCAGAGAGCCGCGCCCAUGUGCAGGGGCUCACUCCACCUUACACACAGAGUAUGGGAUGCCCUCCAGUCACUCCCAGCUUAUCUGGUUCUUUGUUGUUUACUUCUUUCUUUUCCUUUAUUUAAGAAUGCAUCAAACAAACAAUGCCCGAUGUGUGGACCUGCUAUGGAGACACAUACUGUCCAUCAUCCUGUUGGGCAUAGCCUUAACAGUCUCAUACAGCAGGGUGUACCUGUUGUAUCACACCUGGAGCCAGGUUUUCUACGGCGGAGUGACUGGUAGUACAAUUGGCAUAGUGUGGUUCUUUUUCACACAAGAGGUGCUGACACCAUUAUUCCCCAAAAUAGCAGCAUGGCCAAUAUCAGAGUACUUCCUGGUGCGAGACACAAGCCUGAUCCCCAACAUCUUAUGGUUUGAGUAUACAGUGACCAGAUCAGAGGCAAGGAACAGACAACGAAAGCUUGGAACAAAACUUCAGUGAUCUGCACAUAUCUUUUGUGAAAACUGAGUUUAGGACCACAAAAACACACACACACACACACACACACACACACACACACACACACACACACACACACACACACACACACACCCCACAUAGACACAGACACACCCACACUCUUGUUACACACAGGAACAAACAAAUGCUCACUCGAUAAAAACACACUGGAGAACCAUCUUCUGGACUGACGUGGUUGCGAGGAGACAAGGGCAGAAACCGUUUACAGGUGGCGACAGAGUGCCUGGACCUGACCCGGAGCCUACAGCCUGAGCAAGUCCGUCCACACGCCUCUCCUUCUUGUACAGCUUGCCCACAAUGCUCUUCAGUGCAUGCAAGACUGUGCAAGAGGCAUACUAUUUAAUGAUAGAUUAAUAUAUAUUUUAACUAUAAACGCACGCUGACAGUUACAGUGUACUGUAAGAGAUUGGAGGAGCCCUGAUAAGGAGGCUUUGGUCAGACGGAUUGGUGGGCGUCAUUGCAGCAUGUAUUUAGUGAUUCCUUUUUUUAACUCUUCUGAUGAUAGCUGGUGGGACAGAGUGGGGAGGGAGGUUGGGUUAUGGUUAGUUUUUUUUUUUUUCCUUUUUCAUUGUUAUAUAAUUAAAAAAGAAUUUCUUACAAGAAUUGGUUCUGUAAUAUAAAUGAAAAUUUGCACUUUGUGACAUUUAAAGUAAGAAAGAAAAAAGACGACUAACACUAGUUAAUGUUAAGAAGACCCUCCCCUUGUUUUCCCUCAUCAGUCUUUGCUUUGUAUCUAUGACUGUCAGUCCUACUAUACUAGACUCCAAAGCUGAUCUGCAAGCUGUGUAAAUUUAAUGUACCUAAUGUACUAUUGAGCAUCCAGGUUGUGGUUUCUCUUCAUAUCCACAUGUGAGGAUUAGGAGAUUGACUCGCAGCAGCAGGUUUUUGUUGUUGGACGCUUUGGACUGAGGUGUUUUUUGUUUGUUUUAUUGAAUGCCUCACUCACGGUAGCAGCCAGGGAACAGAAUUCUGGGAAACCAUAUACCUUUUUUUUCUUUUGAUCUCGUUUUCUGCUGUAGCAGAGGACAGUUUUCCUUUUUUUUUUUAUUAAACCUGCAUUUCCAAAAUAACAUUCCAUAUCACUUAUUGACAAAACACACACAAUGACUUCCGAAGGGAUGUGUUUCCUUUUUGUAUUAUUUUAGAAGAAAGAAAGAAAGAAAAAAAAGCCUCAGGUCAGUCGUAGCAUGCGAUUAUGCUUAAUAUCCUCACAGCCCACGGCAGCUGAUGUUGUAAGCUGUCAGGUGGGGAUCUGAAGCUGAUUUAAAACUGUCAUAUCAUUAGCUCCACAAAGGGAAGUAGUUCUCUUAGAAUCUGAUUUUUUUCCAUGUGUAACCUAUAUCAGGCUGAAUAAAAAUGUGUUUAUGUACGACA